UGAGUGAAGAAAAUCUUCAUUUUGUUUGUUUUAAACCUGUUGCCUAUUCAUUUCAUAUGGUGACCUGCCAAAUUUCAUUUGGCAGCAGGCAUAAGAAGUAGGAAGAGAGGUUCCCAGUUCUACCCACUCCACCCAGCUCCAUUCCCUGCAGCCCCUUUCCUCGAGCAGAUUGACUGUCCUGGGAAGAAGAAGAGAGGAAAAUCCAGUUCCUGUUGCGCUGGGGAAUGCGGUGCUCUGGCAAGGAACUGUCAGGGGAUCCCCCAAAGUGGCUCCAUUGGUUCUGCCCCUUUCUAGGGUGUGGUUCAGAGAUUGUUCCUGGCAGGGUUUGAAAACGUCUCCUGAGAGUAUUCCCAGCAGGAGGGGACUGGUCUUGGUUGUUCUGAAUCACUGAGGGUUUCCCAGCAUGGCGGAGGCUAGAGUGUCUGUCUUCAGGGAAAGCGCCUGGGGGGACCUGGAGUGUGACAUGGACUCAGGCUAAUUACGACCCCAUUUUACUCCAGAAGAAUAACGACCAGAAGAAUAACGACCCCAUUUUACUCCAGAUCUUCCCAUCUCCCCAGGGAAAUGGCUGUGCUGGAGCCGACUCAGAUGCGGGUGACCUUCGAGGAGGUGGCUGUGUAUUUCACCGUGGGGCAGGGGGCUCUGCUGGACCCCGCUCAGAGAGCCCUCUACAGGGACGUCAUGCAGGAGAACUACGAGACUGUGGCCUCACUGGGACUCCCCGUUCCCAAACCUGCCCUGAUCGCCCGGCUGGAAGCAGGGGAAGAGCUGUGGGUCCCGGAUCUCCAGACCUCCGAGGAAAGGAAGAUCCCAAGAGGCUCCAGUGAGGCAGGUGAUGAGACCAUGAGUGAGAAUAAGGAGAAUAAUCCACAGCAGGAAGGUGCUAAAAAACACAGGUCAGAGAGGAAACUGGGAAAGUGUGCAUGGAAGAAAGUGGCCCAAUCAACUGAAUGUAGUGGAAGAGGCAAGGAUCCCAAAGAAUCCACAGCUCAGCAGGCAAAUCCCAAGGAAAAGAAAUCUUAUAAAUGCUUUGACUGUGGCAGUCUCUUCAGUUACCCCUCAGUCCUCAAUAAUCAUAGGAGAAUCCAUACAGGGGAGAGACCUUUUAAAUGCCUUGAGUGCGGGAAAAGCUUCAAUCACAACUCAAAUCUUAUUACCCACCAGAAAGUGCACACAGGGGAGAGACCCUAUAAAUGUUUGGACUGUGGGAUUAGCUUCAGUUACCGUUCAGUCUUUCUUAAGCACAGGAGAAUCCAUACAGGGGAGAGACCUUAUAAAUGCCUAGAGUGUGGGAAAAGUUACAGACGAAGUUCAUAUCUUUCUACACAUCAGAGAGUGCACACGGGAGAGAGACCCUAUAAAUGCUUGGAGUGUGGGAAAACCUUCAGUGUGAGCACAAAUCUUAACAGGCAUCAGAGAGAGCACACGGGAAAGAGACCGUAUACAUGCCUUGACUGUGGGAAAAGCUUCAGUCGGCGCUCAAGUCUUAAUAGACAUCGGAUAUUGCACAUGGAAGAGAGAGCCUAGAAAUGCUGAGCGUGUGAGAUGAAAGCUCACUACACCUCAAAGAAUCUAGACACUAGAGAAAUAAAAGUAUACAUUUAUGGAUUUUUAAAUGCCUUGAGACUGGAACAAGUUCCAUGCAAUGAUCAAAUCUUGGUUCAGAAAAGACAAGCUACAGACUGGAGAGAGCCCAGACCUGCUUGGAUUGUGGGAAAGACUUCAGUAACUGCUGGAAGAGACACAGUCAGAGAUCCUGAUGGGUACGUCUACACUGCAUGCUUAAUUCAGAAUAAGCUAUUCCAGAAAAAAUACUCUGAAAUAGCAUAUUUCGAAAUAGCACAUCUACACUACAGGGAAGCCUCGAAAUUAGUGCAAGGCUGGCUCCCCUCAUGUGGACUUGCUACCUCGAUGUAGAGCCCCAGGAAGCAUUAGAGAGUAAUUACUGUGAAUGGCCCUUAGGAGGAGCUAUUCUGAAAUAGCAGUAGUAUGGAUGCUCCACUGCUUCUAUUUCAAAAUAGCUAUUUCAGAAGAGGUCUUACUCCUCGGGGAAUGAGGUGUCCAGAAGUUGGAAUAAGCCAUCCGUUAUUUUGGAUCUGUUUUGAAAUAACAGAAGUGCUGUGUAGUUGUUGGCUGCCUGGGGGCGAAGGGAGCCCAGUUGGUCUGCGGGCUAGCGCCCCCCCACCCUCACCCUUUUCUUCAAGAUGGAUUGUGCUGACUGGUCCUAGUUCCUGUAACAAGAAAUCUGGGCUACGCUGUGUCCCUGUGAACCAAUAAACGUCUGUUCUAC